AUGCCGCGCCCGCAGGUCCAUCUGUUGAACGACCCGCAGCGCGGCCCUACGCUGGAGGCGGUGGUCAGCAGGAUGAAGAACUCUCGCGACCUCUGCCAUGGCGACUCGCAGCAGCUGAUCAGAUGCCUGGCGAUAUCUGCUACUAUUCCAAACGCUGAUGACAUCGGUGAAUGGUUGGGCUCAGAAGGUGGUCCGGCGGUGACGCACAAGCUGGCCGAGAGUCUUCGGCCGGUGAGGCUGCGCCGCGUGGUGCUCGGCUACCCGUGCCCGGACAAGUGGUCGCACUUUCGCUUCGACCUCUCACUCAACUACAAGCUGGCCGCGGUGCUGCACACGUACUCGGACCAGAAACCGGCGCUGGUGUUCUGCUCCACGCGGAAGGGGUGUCAACAGGCGGCGGCGGUGCUCGUGAAGGAAGCGCGCUUCGUGUCUGGCGCCGAGCACAAGGUCCGUCUGACGAGGGUGGCCAACCUGGUGACCGACGGCGGCGUCCGAGAGCUGUUGCUGCGCGGCGUUGGGGUGCACCACGCCGGUCUGGCGCCGCACGACCGCCACUGCGUGGAGCAGCUCUUCCUCGACGGCGACCUGCCCGUGCUCUUCUGCACCAGCACACUCGCGAUGGGAGUGAACCUGCCGGCGCACCUGGUGGUGGUCAAGUCGACCAGCCACUACACUGCCGACGGCUGCGGGCCGUACUCGGACGCCGAGGUGCUGCAGAUGACAGGCCGGGCCGGCCGGCCGCAGUUCGAGACCUCCGCCACCGCUGUCAUCAUGACGCAGGUCCAGCACAGGAGCCGGUACGAGGCACUGCUCAGCGGCACACAGCUGACCGAGUCGUGGCUGCACCUGCACCUGAUCGCGCAUCUGAACGCCGAGGUGGUGUUGGGCACGGUGACGGACGUGGAGGUGGCGCUGCGCUGGCUGCGCUCCACCUUCCUGUACGUGCGCGCGCUGCGCAACCCGACUCACUACGGCCUGCCGCCUGGCCUGCCGCGCCGUCAGGUGGAGGAUCGACUGCAGGACCUGUGCAUGGUCGAGCUGAACCGGCUGGCGGCGGCUGGCCUCAUCUCGAAGGGCGAGGUCGAGGUGUCGGCCACACCGUCCGGCCGCCUCAUGGCUCGCUUCUGCAUCUCAUUCCAGACCAUGCAGACGCUCCAGCAGAUGAGCGGCACCGAAGACCUAUCAGCCCUUCUGGCCGUCUUAUCGGCGUGCGGCGAGUUUGAAGGUAUUCAGCUGCGCACCAGCGACAAGCGCGCGCUGAACGCGCUGAACCGCGACCCGCACCGCAGCUGCGUCCGCUACCCGCUGCCAGGCAGGGUCAAGACCACGCAGAUGAAGGUUAACGUGCUGGUCCAGAGCGUCCUCGGGUCCCUCCCCAUCGCCGAUCCAUCGCUCUCCCAGGACGCCAACAAGAUAUUCCGAGUCGCAGAGCGUGUCAUGAGGUCCCGCUGCUGCUCCUAG